UUCUACGACACACUACUGCUGCGAACUUGGUCCCAGUUUCUUAUCUGUCAUUUGCACUGUUAGAGAAAAUGGCUAUUCGUGUGUUAGAAAUCAUCUUUUUCUUUUAUUUUGCUUCUCACAUUCCUAUAACAUUAUUUAUUGACUUACAAGCCCUGCUACCUGGACAUGUGUACCCUCAGCCGCUGAAGGAUCUUCUCAGGUGGUAUGCAGAGGAGUUCAAAGACCCCAUGGUGCUGGAUCCUCCACAGUGGUUCAAAUCUUUUAUUUUCUGCGAAGCUCUGUUUCAAACGCCUUUCUUUCCCGUUGCAGCUUAUGCUUUCCUUAAAGGUGGCUGUAAGUGGAUCAGGACUCCUGCCAUCGUGUAUUCCACACAUGUGGCCACAACGCUGGUCCCGAUUCUAGCUCACGUCCUCUUCUAUCAGUUCCCUAUGAAGCCCCACCCUGGUCCCCAGACCAUGCAGGAGCGCUGGCUGCUGCUCUCCAUAUACGCACCAUACCUGCUGGUGCCUGUGCUGCUGCUCCUCACCAUGCUGCUGUCCUCCACAUACAACUCCACCUCCAAGUCUGGACACACGGCAGCCAAAUCCAAGAAGAAGAACUGACACAUAACCAGACUACAGCCAUGGAACUCCCUCUGAUUUUAGGAGGUGGUGUGCAUAUGGGCCUCUCUGAGAGGCUUUGUGAGUCGGACUGCAUUACACUAUUAUUACAAGGGAAUUGCCAUUGUUAAUCCAGAAUGAGCACUUUAAAGUAAACAAUUGUUUGCUGAACAUGUUUUGUGUCUUUAUCAGUACCAAAUAUUUAACAGACUCUAGCCAGCGUUGAUUCAUUUCAGUAGUUUCAUCUAUGCUUUUCCUGCAAAAGCUAUUCAAACUGUCCUGAAGAAAAUGUCCAUUCCUGCAACAAAAUUCACCUCGGAGAAGUUUAUGUUUGCUUUUUUUGUGUUGAAGGUGUUAAGAUAGUGAAGGAGUUGUGUAUUAUUGCUGCAUAUGCAUUAUAUUAUAUAAAAUAUUGGGAUGAGGGAAACAGAAUUUCAGAAACCCCUCUACUGUUUAAACUGGUAACUGUUUGGCCUGGAGUUUCUUUGGGCAGACUUAUGUCUGCGUUGCUACUGUCCUCUACUCCAUGUUUAAAGUAGCUUUGGAGUUUGAGCCCCGUUUUUAUUAUUUCAAUUUCAAGAUUUAAUUGAGGCCAAUGGUUUCUUCCUACUUUCAGUCUUUGCUGGACUAUCCUUUUAAUGUGAGAAACCCUUUGUUUCUCAAACCUUUACAUACUGUCAUUUUCAAAAGAAUUUGUAGUAAUAGAUUGAAUUAAUGGGAAUGAAUAUUAGCGAUGCACACUAUACUUUCAACCUUUUUUGACCCUUGUAUUAUGUUGAAAUAAAUUACGUUAAUUAGGGUUAGGGUCAUAUUGACCCUUACUGUGUAAAUACACUCAAAACAGUCAAAGAACCAGGUAAAACCAAUAAGAACUUUAAUUUAGAUCAUAUGAACAUUUAGAAAAGGGACAUACAGUAAAUGUUUUAUUCAACAUCCAACAAUCCAACACUAUAUUUAACAAUUGUUUACAUAACAUUUUUCCCUCAUCACACUUUUUUAAAAAGCUUGAGAAAAAACUGUCAGACGACGACUUCCUGAGAUGAAAAGAAAGCAGAUGAUUUGUUGAUUUUUUAAAAUUGGGUUAGAUUUGUUUAAAAGUAAAAAAAAAUUAUGAAUAACAAACAUUAUUUUUUGAAAAUUAAGUUUUACAUAUCAAAUAUGAACAUUUAAAAAUACAUUGACUACAGAGGGCCAUGUAGGCAAUCACUACAACUAACACAGGACAAUAGACAAGAAAUUAGAGUACAGACUCAGAAAUAUACACAAUCCCCAAAGUAGACAAUACAUCCUCAUGAUUGUUUGCACUUUUUGUAAGUCGCUUUGGACAAAAGCGUCAGCUAAAUGAACUGUAAUGUAAUAGCAAUGAAGUAAUGGGCAAUAUAUUACAUCACAUGAGAAGGCUAUGAGAUAUUCAUGUUUUAUGCUGUGUGUAGACAUGACAGUGUUACUUCUUGUGGUUGUUUCUGACGAAUACUGAACAACAUUGAGCAACAGGAGCCUGUCCUCCCCAGUCAGGAGCUCAGGGAGCUCUCCUCACAGUCCAGCUCCACAAGUAUGGAGCUCAGCUUCAACACCGUUCUAAGGUGUGAGGGCAGGAGUGUGACUGCUCUCUGACAGACAUGAUUCACAUGAUGCCCAGACAGCAACCUGUUUCUGAAUGUCAACAAAGACACUUAUUGUUGACUUCAGAAAACUUUAUGAGUAUUAGUACACAUUUACUAAUUUACACAUCCUGAGUAAAGAAGUCUCUAGGUAAGUUUAUGGUACACCUGAACAAUCUUACACUAAUACACCAUUUAUGUUAUAUAUUUGUGAAGCUUAUAAUCCAACAUAAAUAUUUUCAGUUUUAAGCAAUUAGUAGAUUUACUGUAAUAACCUUUAACUCAGUGUACAAUUACAAAACACACCUCAAUGUUCUCAACACAUGAUUUUUCUGGACUGUUUUAAAAUAUAACUGGUUAGUUAGCUUAUUGCAUUUGAUGAGGACAUACAAGUAGCAUUAGAAUUGAAACAUUCAAGAAUCAGAUGCACGUGUUGAGUGUUUGUAGUGAAAGCUCAUUCAGAAUACCUGUCCACAGGAGAUAGAAAGAAGAAAAUGCAUCCACAUAAUACAAUACUAACGUGCUGCUGUCCAUUAGCUAAAUCUCAGUAAAAUGUUAACAGCCCAAGUUGAUCUUCUCUCUCACUCUUGUCUAUAGACUAGUGUCUUUUGUAUGUGCUCACAAAUGUAAUAAUACAAUGUUUCAAAGCUGAAACAUGGUGUGAGUCACAGGUGGUGAUGACAUAUUCCAUUGUUUUAAAG